UCUAUUUUUUAAUUCACACAUUAUAAUUGUCACAAGUCACAAUCCUCUGUUAUUUAAUUCUCCUUUUUCUUAACAUUUUCUUUCUUAUUUUUUUAAUUUUUCUCUCUUCUUUCUCUGUCUCUGUUGUUGAAGAAACGCAGAGACAGAACAGAAGAAGAGGCGGAGGAGAAGAAGAAGAAGAAGCAACUUUUCCAUUUCUUUCCCCACACUCUCAAUUUUUCACGUAAUUUCAUCAUUUUUUUCCUUCAAUUCAGCUUCUUCUCCUUCAAUUUCCCUUUCCCUCCUUUUUGUUCUCUCUUUGCCCCUGCGCAUUAAUCAAAUUCUCUUCAUUCUUCGUGAAUUCAGUGUUAUAUAGCUCAAUUUUUUAAUUCUCUGACUCAAAAAACGAUUCAUCUAAUUCAUUUCGUUUCUCGGGGUUGAGCUUCGGAAAAUUUUCACGAUUCUCUUUGCGUUUGAUCAUCUUGUUCGUUGAGGAAUUUUUCCUGGCAUAACCAUGCCACCAGCUAUGGUGCUUUCGCCAUUGCCGGAAUCCCCGUCGGUGCUGUCAGUUCCGGAAUCCCCGUCGGAGACUCGUCGAUUCGGAGAUAUCAGAGGUUUGCAGUGGCGUAUCAGUCUCGGGGUUUUGCCUUCUUCGAAUUCCAUUGAUGAUCUUCGUCGUGCCACCGCUAAUUCUAGAAGGAGAUAUGCCAAUUUGAGAGGUCGCCUCCUGGUUGAUCCCCAUCUUCCAAAAGAUGGAGGUAGUCCACCCAAUCUUAUCAUGGACAAUCCACUUUCACAAAAUCCAGAUAGUACAUGGAGUCGCUUUUUCCGCAAUGCUGAGCUGGAGAGGAUGGUUGAUCAGGAUUUAUCACGUUUAUACCCAGAACAUGGGGGAUACUUCCAGACACCAGGAUUCCAAGGCUUAUUGAGACGGAUUUUAUUGCUAUGGUGUCUCAAACACCCAGAGUGUGGUUAUAGACAAGGAAUGCAUGAGUUACUUGCCCCGCUGCUAUAUGUUCUCCAAGUUGAUGUGGAACAUCUUUCCGCAAUACGAAAGCUUUAUGAAGAUCACUUCACAGACAGAUUUGAUGGCCUUUUCUGUCAGGAGAAUGAUCAUCGUUACAGCUUUGAUAUGAGAAAAUCUACAGACUCAGAGGAUGAUAUUGGUUCCUGUGGAGAUGCAUUGAAAAUCCAGAGUCUCGAUGAGCUUGACCCUAAUAUACGAGCGCUUGUAUUGCUAGGUGAUGCUUAUGGGGCUGAAGGUGAACUUGGUGUUGUUUUGUCCGAUAAAUUCAUGGAACACGAUGCUUACUGCAUGUUUGAGGCAUUAAUGAGUGGUGCUCAUGGUUCAGUUGCAAUGGCUGAUUUCUUCUCUUAUUCACCUGUGGCUGGGUCCAAUACUGGCUUGCCUCCUGUAAUUGAAGCUUCAAAUGCAUUGUAUCAUUUGUUGUAUCACGUUGAUUCAUCUCUACACAGUCAUCUUGUUGAUCUUGGGGUUGAACCCCAGUACUUUGCUCUUCGCUGGUUCCGAGUUUUAUUUGGACGGGAAUUUUCACUCGACAACCUCUUGAUCAUCUGGGAUGAGAUAUUUUUAUCAGAUAAUAGUAAAAAGCAGAAGCUUGCUGAGGACACUACAGAAUCUGGUUUUAUGAUAUUACAAUCACCUCGUGGAGCCUUUAUCACGGCUAUGGCUGUUGCAAUGUUACUUCGAUUAAGAUCUUCACUACUGGCAACUGAAAAUCCCACAAUCUGUCUUCAGAGGUUAUUAAACUUCCCCGGGGACACAGAUAUUGAUAAACUACUAGCAAAGGCUAAAUCCUUGCAGGAUAUUGCAUUAAGUACUGAAAUUUCAUCAUCAAUACCUUCAUUUGUGUGGUUUCAUAACCAAGCAAAAUCAAUUAGUGCAAGAUCUACGACUCAUCCAUCUGACUCAGAUUCUCCGAGAACUCCUCUGAAACUGUUGACUGAUAGCUACUGGGAAGAAAAGUGGAGAGUUGCCCACAGUACCGAAGAACUUAAGCAAGAUGGAGCCGAAAAUCAGGUUCCAGCUCAGAAAAAGAAAUGGACAGAAAAGGUAAAUGUCAGUUUAAAGAGAACAGAAUCUGCCCCUUCUCCAUCCACAACUAAUAAUGGUAAAAAGGAAAAUAAGGAAGCUGUUAGACGCAGUUUGUUAGAAGAUCUUUGUAAGGAACUUGGCUCAGAGGUAGAUACAGAAAACCUGUAUGUAUUCGAGCAGGAUAAUUGUCCUGUAGUAGUUGAAAGGGAACAACAAGAUGACGGCUCUGAAUGCUGCAACAAUUACUUUGCAGAUGUUAGAGGUCUAAGUGUAAGUACUAGAAGUGAGGGAAAUUCACCUAUAUUUUCUGGCCUAGCUAGUCCUCGUUUGGAUGUCAAUCGUCGAAACUAUUCUGAGAAAAGUAGCAUUCCGUAUAAUUAUAAUUUGUCCUUUCUUGAAACUGAAAUCAAUGAAACUGGUUCACCUCUUCCAGUCUCUGAUUGUCCUGAGAACUUAUCUCACACAUCCUCCUUCAACAAUGAUCCUUUGGGAAAUUCAGCCUCACAUCCUAAGUGGGGAAAGCUGAAUAAAUUCCAGUGGUUUUUUUCAAGGCUUGGACGAAACAGUGAUGAACGUACAUCUGUCAAGGGUGGAAGUCCUUCUCAAGAUGCAAAACCUGCCAAAUGCGAAAAUCAAAGUCAUGUAAUGAUACCCUCUUCUUCUAUAGCAAAUGGGCAUUGUAGUCCUGUUAGAAGCCAAGGGGAUUCUCCGAUAGACCAGAAUAUGGUAGGAACUAUUAGGAAUAUUGGGCAGUCUAUGCUUGAGCAUAUUCAGGUGAUUGAGUCUUCUUUCCAACAAGAACAGGGAGCUUCGAAAGAUGUUGUGGUUGGUAAAGGGCAGCUUGCUGCCAUGACAGCAGCUCUGGAUGAACUUCGAAAAAUUAGUAAUCUUUUGUCUGAGAUGUGAGGACAUUGAGGUUGAGCUGUACAUAUAUUUUGUAAUUUGUAAUUACAAUUCGUUAGGCUGAGUUUCUUUUGAUUCUCUUUCACAGCUCAUUAGUUCCAG